UUAACUGAUUGGGGUCAAUUUUGGAUUCUUAUAAAAUCUCAAUGAUAUUUGUGUUGCUGACGUGGCAGAAUGCAAGUGGAGGUGAGCAAGCACACUGAGGGGUCCAAGGAUAAGAUGCUGCGCCCCAAUGGAUUGCCUGAAUCCCUCAUUCGAUAUGAUGCUCGUCAGAAAGAGAUGGCUACACAUUCAGUAACUGAGCUUGUGCAGGCAGUGAGGAGACCGAGGUCACUUAGUGAAUCGAUAAAUCGUCCCUUUAGAAAGUCCGGAGGUGGCGGUAGGGGAGAGGAGGUAAUAGAAGCUCUUGCGAGGAGAAACUCCGAGAGUUUGCCUCGGAGAAACUCAGAGAAUGUGGCACCACCUAGACGUAACUCACUUGGGGAUGCUAAAAUCUCAAUGCAGUGUAUCAAUGAGGUUCCUGAAAAGAAACAGAAAAAAUCUAGACGGCGCUCUUUCAUGGGGGUUAUUCGGAAAAGUCAAACUCAAAGCCAACCCGAUGAUGAUACAUUUGACAACUUUGGUGAUUCUGAGGAUGUCCGUGAUGACAGUGACAAUGAUGAGAGACCUAUGAGUCUUGAAGAUAAAGCGAGGAAGAAGGAAAUGAGGAAGGGUAUAGAUCUUGCUACGACGCUGGAACGUAUAGAGAAAAACUUUGUCAUUACUGAUCCAAGGCUGCCUGAUAAUCCCAUUAUAUUUGCAUCCGACAGCUUCUUAGAGCUAACGGAGUACAGCCGCGAAGAAAUAUUGGGAAGAAAUUGCAGAUUCCUUCAAGGAUCUGAGACUGAUCCAGCAACUGUGAAAAAAAUAAGAGAGGCAAUUGACAACCAGACUGACGUGACUGUACAACUCAUCAAUUACACGAAAAGCGGCAAAAAGUUCUGGAAUGUCUUUCAUCUGCAGCCUAUGCGUGAUCAAAAGGGAGAAGUACAGUAUUUUAUUGGAGUACAACUUGAUGGCAGUCAGCACAUUGAGCCUCUGCAUAACUCUAUUCCUGAAGUUACAGCAAAAGAGAGUGAAAAACUGGUCAAAGAGACUGCAGUUAAUGUUGAUGAGGCAGCAAGAGAACUUCCAGAUGCCAAUAUGAAACCAGAAGAUUUAUGGAUGAAUCAUUCAAAGAUCGUUCAUCCAAAGCCUCAUAGAAGGGACAGCCCCCCUUGGAGAGCUAUUCAAAAGAUUCUAGACAGUGGAGAACAGAUAGGAUUGAAACAUUUUAAGCCUAUAAAGCCCUUGGGAUCUGGUGAUACUGGCAGUGUGCAUUUGGUCCAAUUGUGUGGAACUGAUCAGUACUACGCCAUGAAGGCUAUGGAUAAGAGUAUCAUGCUCAAUAGGAACAAGGUGCACAGAGCUUGUGCAGAGAGAGAAAUCCUCGACAUGUUGGAUCACCCUUUUCUUCCUGCAUUGUAUGCUUCGUUUCAGACCAAAACACAUGUUUGCCUGAUCACUGAUUACUACCCUGGUGGAGAACUCUUCCUACUUUUGGACAGUCAACCAACGAAGAUACUGAAGGAAGAUUCAGUGAGAUUUUAUGUUGCAGAGGUAGUUGUUGCCUUGGAGUAUCUUCACUGUCAAGGGAUAAUUUACAGGGAUUUGAAGCCUGAAAAUGUUUUACUUCAGAGCAGUGGGCACGUAACCCUGACCGAUUUUGAUUUAUCGUGUUUGACAUCUUGCAAACCACAGCUUUUAAUUCCGACCAUAAACGAAAAGAAAAGGCAUCACAAAGGUCAACAGAAUCCAAUCUUCAUGGCUGAACCAAUGAGAGCAUCAAAUUCUUUUGUUGGAACGGAAGAGUACAUCGCUCCGGAAAUCAUAACUGGAGCUGGCCAUUCUAGUGCAGUAGACUGGUGGGCUCUUGGUAUUCUUAUAUAUGAAAUGCUCUAUGGAUAUACACCAUUUAGGGGAAAGACAAGGCAAAAGACGUUCGCCAAUAUUCUUCACAAGGAUCUCAAAUUUCCAGGAAGUAUACCGGCAAGUCUCCAAGCAAAACAGUUAAUGUAUCGGUUGUUGCAUCGUGAUCCCAAAAACAGAUUGGGGUCUCAGGAAGGGGCAAGCGAAAUUAAGCGUCACCCUUUCUUUCGGGGUAUCAACUGGGCUCUAGUUCGCUGCAUGAACCCUCCUCAACUCGAUGCUCCUCUCUUCGGGACAACUGAAGCUGAAAAGGGUGCUAAGCUUGUGGAUCCUGAGAUGCAAGAUCUACAAACAAAUAUUUUCUAAAAGGGACUCUCUGCUGCACAUUUGAGUACUUGAUCAACUGCAUCUCGUUCCGGAAAUCAUAAGAAUAGGCUCUGGAGAAAGCUCAUCAUGUUGUUGAAGAAUUAAGGUCCCAUUGAUUCGCUUGUAGAUGGAGAUUGUUUCCAGUUUGUAGAUGGACCCUGCUUGAGGGUUUUAAUCUGCAGAGUUGUAAUGUUUCUGUAAUCAAUGUAUGUAGGGUUUGUAAUCUUAAAAAAUUUUGUUGGUAAAUGAAUUCCAUUAUUCAUCUUGUUUGUUCA